CAUCCAAGUAUUGUUCAUCACUCCUAGUUCAAUUCAAUCAGCGUCGUCAGUAGCCUGCCCGUCUUGUCUUAUACGUAUGCCAUAGUAGUCAGUGCUUUUCCGGUACCAUGUCUGCGCAGAUCCCAGCCCUUGUCGCAAGUCGCGUCAGUGACAAGGCGAAGAAGACGUUAGACAUUGUCGCCAAGUUUGUCGAAGAAGAGUGCAUACCCGCCGACCCAGUCCUCGAGGCACAGAUUGGCGAAGGAUCGCAACGAUGGGACCACCACCCACCUAUCGUCGACGACCUGAAGGCCAAGGCUAAGAAGCUCGGGUUGUGGAACAUGUUCUUCCCCAAGGGGCACUACAAGGAGUCUCCAGGAUACACGAACCUGGAAUAUGGUCUCAUGGCAGAAUGGCUCGGCAAGUCCAGAGUAGCCUCGGAGGCCUGCAAUUGCGCAGCCCCUGACACGGGAAAUAUGGAGGUUCUGGCGAAAUACGGAAACGAAGAACAAAAGGCCCGGUGGUUAAAGCCAUUGAUGGACGGAGAGAUCCGCUCUGCAUUCCUCAUGACAGAGCCUGAAGUGGCAUCAUCGGAUGCCACGAAUAUUCAGCUCGAUAUCAGGAAAGAAGGCAACGAAUAUGUGCUGAAUGGCUCCAAAUGGUGGUCGAGCGGUGCCGGCGAUCCUCGAUGCCAGAUUUACAUUGUUAUGGGCAAGACAGACGCCAACAACAAGGACGUCUACAAGCAACAAUCAGUUGUGCUGGUGCCAGCCAACACUAAGGGCAUCACGAUCCACCGCAUGCUGUCGGUGUAUGGCUACGACGAUGCGCCCCAUGGCCACGGUCACAUCAGCUUUAAAGACGUUCGGGUCCCAGCUAGUAGCAUGGUUUUGGGCGAAGGUCGUGGUUUUGAGAUUAUUCAGGGCCGUCUGGGACCUGGACGUAUUCACCACGCCAUGCGAAGUAUCGGAGCUGCCGAGCGUGCUUUGGAAUGGAUGCUGAUGAGAAUCAACGACCCCAGCAAGACCCCGUUCAAGAAGCAGUUGAGGGAGCAUGGCGUAAUCCUUGAAUGGGUCGCCAAGUCUCGAAUUGAGAUUGAUGCCGCCCGUCUGAUUGUGCUCAACGCAGCCGUGAAGAUGGAUGACCUCGGCCCGAAGGCAACUCUAAAGGAGAUUGCGGAAGCCAAGGUCUUGGUCCCACAGACGGUUUUGACGGUCAUUGACCGGGCGGUGCAAGCAUUUGGUGGAGCUGGUGUCAGUCAGGACACCCCCUUGGCAAACAUGUGGGCACAGAUCAGGACUCUCCGACUUGCAGAUGGGCCAGAUGAGGUACACCUCAACCAAAUGGGCCGCAAUGAAAACAAGAGAGGCAAAGCUGUUACGGAGAAGAUCCAUGCUCAGAAGCAGAAGACGGACCAACUAUUAAAGCAAUACGGUGUGCAGAGGUACGAGCCCGGCUCGCACAUCAAGUCUCGUUUGUAGGAUAUAGCACUUGAUUUAGCGUAUGAGAAAGAGGCGAUCAUGUUUAGUGUAUACUCCGAGACGGGGAUUUAUUCUUCCCCGGAUCCAACAGAUUGAUCAGAGCCACUACGCUGUUGCCUUGAACUUAGCGUUUGACCC